AUGGCUCUGCAGCACUACCUCUGCACUGUACUGCAUUAUGCUUCCACUCGCUCCUCUGCAUUCCCACUCUCAGCCCCAUACAGUACAGACCAGUAUGGUCACACCCACUCUUUCUCUCUGUGUGCUGACCAGACCCAUGACCUGGCCAUCCGCUGCAUCCAGAAGAACAUCACAAAGAACAAAGGAGUGAAGGGCUGGCCCUGGUGGAAGCUGUUUACCACCGUACGGCCCCUCAUUGAGGUGCAGCUCACAGAGGAACAGAUCCGAGGAAAAGACGUGAGUGUCUCUCUCUGUACUAUACAUGUUAGCCUGUUUAGCCAUCCAACCUCACACCCACUGCAAAUCUGAUUCAAGUCUCCAGAAUUGCUGUAUGAUGUCAGCUGGGAGUGAUGAAUAUCUCCUUAGUGUUGCAUAGGAUUCCAACAUGGCUACCUCAGCUGUUUCUACUGUCUCUUUCCCAUUCUUAUAAUUUUCAUUGUACUGUAUGUUCUCUUCCAGGAGGAGAUCCAGCAUCUAAAGGGGAAGCUGGAGAAGACUGAGAAAGAGAGAAACGAACUGAGACUGAACAGUGAUCGACUGGAGAGCAGGGUGAAUCUCCUGGGGCCUUUCUUCUAUGCACUGCUUUCUGGGAGAGCAUUUGCUGCAGAAGUGGUAGACAGUAGCUCAGUCUAGGGCUGUUGCGGUGACCGUAUUACCUGACGUAUUACCGCCACACUGGCGGUCACGAGUCAUGAAGGGAGUCAAAUUCCACGUGACCUUUUAGUCACGGUAAUUAUUCUUCUCCAAGCUCUGAUGCUGCUGAUGGUCAUUAGAAGCCUACCAAACUUGCUUACUGCCUGGUACUCAGCACUCUAUUGUCCCUCUAAUCACUCUGACAUCAAUGCAAAUGUAUUCGAAAAUCGAAUCAAACACUUCAUGAGAGCCCAUGAGCUUAUGUUGCGCAACAUUUCUAUAAGCUAUGCAAUAAAAUUUUUACAUUUUACAUUUGUCAUUUAGCAGACGCUCUUAUCCAGAGCGACUUACAGUUAAUGAGUGCAUACAUUUUCAUACUGGCCCCCCGUGGGAAACGAACCCACAACCCUGGCGUUGCAAGCGCCAUGCUCUACCAACUGAGCUACAGGGGACAAUUGCAUGAGGAAACAGAGUGAUGGCCUCUACUAAAUAGAGGAGGAUCCCAUCAGCUUUCUGUAGGCUAGGCCUACUAUAGUUAAUUCUCAACUUUCCUAAUAUUAAGCACAUUGCUUAUCUUUAAAACAGGAGUAUAGCCUACCUGGCUGGCAUGAAAAUGAACCACGGGAAAAGCGCCCUCCAUUUAAGUGCAUAGAUGACAUUUAUUUUUUCCCGCCGCCCCUGUUUCUAGACAGGUGCAUGAUAAUUGUCCAUUCUAAAUCAAAGCAAAUUUCACACAUUAUUUAGUAUAUGUAAAGACAAGAUUAAAUCAAGAAUAGUCUGAUGGGUGACAAUAUUUGCCUAUCACUUGUGAAUUAUAUAUGAUAUAUUAUCACUUGUGAAUCAUAGUCGCACACCUCAUGUAACCUAGCCCAUAGGCCUAUAUGUCUUGAUAAGUGGCCAAAAAACGUCUUAAAAUUAAGCUUUACAAGGGAUUUAGAGCCUAACUGGCAUACAUAAGCAGCGCGUGAGUUUGAUGUUUGGGGAAGAUAAUUUUCAACAUAAAAAUGCACCUUUACAAUAAAAGCAUUUAUAUGCAUAAUCGCAUUUGCGGUCACUUUUGAUAAUGGUGUUUUCCCGCUAAUGGAACAUUCCCGCUUAUAGCCUACUGCCAUGUGCACAUUGCUGCGCUUAUAAUGUGAAGAAAUAGCCUAAUAGUUUAUCAACAUUUUAAGCUAAACGUUCUGAUCUGUUGUGUCAGCCAUAUUGCGUAAAAAAAUAUAUAUUUUUUUAUGUUAGUGGUUGUAUUAAUGUGGGAUCUAUUGCAUCCCACAACUGUCCCAGACUAUGUUUGGAAUAUUUACUUCUUGCACAGAAUAAAAUAGGUUGAUUCUUUUACUAUGGGGGAUAGUAGAUUGACAUAGGCUAGUGCUUUUGUUGUUCAUUAGGCCUACUCAUCUUGUUGGCUGAUGAAAAGUAAAUGUGGACAGUUCUUCCAAUAUCUUCAAUAUGCACCUCGGAAUUGGAUAAGGACUCGCGCAGUUGCAUUCCCCAUUUGUCUGUCUUCACUUGUAGCCUGUGAGAAAGACCCGAACACGUGAUGGAGAGCGUGCGCUCAGGGAGAAGGGCACAAUUAAGGCAUGCUUGUCAAAUUGUGAACAAGAGACUAAUGAAGUGUGUACAGCCUGCGCAAAAAAACUAAGCAGAGCUCUUGCUUUUUCAAGCAACUUUUUUCAGAUCAUCAUUAGUCGCAUCAUGCAGCUUUAAAAUGUAUUAAAAAUCAAAACAUAUAGCCCAAUGUUUGUAGAACAACUAAAGUUACAUUAAUAACUCUAACUUAAGCAUAUAGGAGUACCUAUUUCUUUGUUAACUGCUCAACACAGAAUAGCUGCAUGUGCGCACUCCCUCAAAUCGUUUGGAGAAAAUAUUUAUAUUUUAUUCUGUUUUGUUAAAUUGUAUUCUUCAUACUAUAAAAUAAUGCCACGGAAUUCUAAGCACAUUUUGUCUGCUAAAUGAACUAGUGUAGCCCACAGCCAUUUGGCAUAGCCACAUCAGCACCUAACAUAAGGACAACUCAGAGAAUGCUAUUCUGUUCUUCUGAAAUAGACUACAUUUUCUUCAUAUCAUGCUUCUUUAGACCUGUCUAAAAUAAAUAAUGGAUUUAUUGUGAAGGUGUAAGCUAUAUUACAUGGAUUUAUUAGACUUUUUAAAAUGUAAUGUUCCAAAGGUCUGCAUCAGUGGCUUAUAGGCUAUGUGUGGAAGCCAGGAGAUGCUAAGUGUGUUUGUUAAAUUAAUGGUAAAUUACCCUGAGACCGAUAGUUAUAUGCUUGACAAUCACCGGCUGAUUCCAUUUUGUGACCGCCACAGCCCUAGCUCAGUCAUACUGGCUUUAUUCACCAGAAGCUGUGUCAGGUUAUCAACUCAAACAGUCCACCGUUGUUCAUUGUUUGACUCCGUCUGUGAUAAGAAAAGUAGUCUGAGGAUAUCACUCUCAGGCUUCAUAAGGAAGCCUUUUUAUGGUGAGUAGGCCGGGCCAUGGGGCAUAUACAUUGACUGCUGUGUGUUCCUCCAGAUCUCAGAGUUGUCAGUGGAGCUUGCAGACGAGAGGAACACUGGAGAGUCGGAUUCCCAGCUGCUGGAGACCGAGACGUCUGAGAGACUGAAACUGGAGAAAGACAUAAAGGACCUACAGGUACAGACCGACACAUGCACACUCACUCACUCUUGAGGAGCUGUACUUAACCUACUGUUGACUAGUCAAUUUUUUUUCUCAGUGAGCCUAAGUAAUAGGACAUGUAAGUUGGUGCAUGGACGUAAUAUUUAGUAGAGGGAAUAUUCAAUAUUCUGUCUACCUUAGGCUAUGUUUGACUUGAUGAAGAAGCAGAUGGAGUGUAUGGAGAUAGAGGUGAUAGAGGCUCGUCUCAUCAGAACAGCAGAGCUCAACGGGGACGUGGACGAUGAUGACGAUUCAGGUGAGUUCUUCUGAUGCCUAAUGACUAUCUACACAAAACUCACUGUAGGCAUGGCGACUAUUCAGUUGUAAUUAUGGCUGAGGAAAGGAAAUGCAUUUGACUACUUGUAAAAGAGGAUACCCAUGUAUUACAUAGUAAAGACUAGGAUGUAAAUUGCAACUUCUGUUUCUUCAGAGGCAAACAGACACAGCUUAGAAAGUGGCCCAUGGUAUUUAAUAGUUCCAAGCUGGUAAUAUGAAGGGUGUUGUGUGACUCAUCAGUAGUACAUUAUUUGAGACUACAUACAGUAGGAGAAUUGGGUCAAAAGUUGCAUAAUGACAUAAAUUGCCCAUGAAUUGGCCCAUCUUCUAUGGAUUUACAGGUGUGGGAUUAAGAUGCCCACUGUCAGGCCUUAGUCCUUUCUCUCUUUCUCUCUGAUCUCCUUCUGCACUUACCGAGGCAUCAUGCUGUGAGUUUAUUGUCCUUGAGUCUCUUUGUCCCUAAAUCAAGGCGAUCGAGUACCCAGCCCCCACACCCUCAGGAAUAAAGCCAGAGUUUGAAGGUUUCAGAUAAAUGAGAAAAUAAUAUUGUGGAUCAGAGCCGGUGGCCCCUUGAAGCUGUCAAUAUGCUAUAUAUAUGCAAAUGUCUGUUCGUAGUGGAAAGCUACAGUGUUCCUGUGUGAAGGGGGAAUGGAGAGCCUCUCAAACAUCUGAGAAAUGAACCUGGACACGCCUCUAGUCUCCACUGCUCUAGUGUAGAUAGGCUCUGACAGCCACUGCUCUGGGCCCAGUUAGAGCUCUAUAUGCCAUAUUAGGUUCUGCCUCUCCACUAAACCCUUACAGAUUCUAUAGUCUGUUUCAAUGGUGUCCGGUCAAUCUUUAAAAGUAUUUACUGGUAGUUGAUGAACUUUGAAUGUCAUCUUACCUUGAGACGAUAUCUUCAGGGAUAUUCUUGUUCCCUUGUUGAGUUUCUUGAAGCUUUUUCCACUUGUAUUGUCAAGUCAUGAUGAAGAGUUUGGUAGAAGAAACGUUUGUCUGUUAUUGGCAACAUGUGUAUGUGAGAGACACUGCAAAUCUUCUAAAUCCUAAUGAUCCUCAGCAGCGUUGAGCCUCGUUCAGUCAGCCAGUCCAGCAUUAGAGGAUCGGUCACUCCAAAUGUCACAUGGUCUGUCUCGGUCACUCCCUGACCUUAUGUACUGUCACUGGUCUGUCCCACAGGAGGAGAGUGGCGUCUGAAGUACGACCGAGCCAUCCGGGAGACUGAGUUCACCAAGAAGAGACUUCAGCGGGAGUUUGAAGACAAGCUGGAGACGGAGCAGCAGAGUAAAAGAACUCUGGAGAGGAGGGUAUGGCCUGGGUGUUACACUAAUUCUGGCCUUACCAUGUAUUACUCUGGUGCACAUAUUCACCGGAGUUAUGUUCAUAUGCAUCAUAACAUUCAUACGUGUGUGUGUGUGUGUGUGUGUAGCUGACGGACCUGCAGGCGGACAACGAUGAGGUGCAGCGCUCUGUGCAGCAGCUGAAGAAGAAGUGUAGCAGACUGACGGCUGAGCUGCAGGACACCAAGCUGCACCUGGAGGGCCAGCAGAGCCGCAACCACGACCUGGAGAAGAAACAGAGGAAGUAUGUACACGCACCCACUCGCAGGCACACGCGCGCACACACACUAAUACACAAGAGCAAAGCCUUCAUUCAACAGCUCUGGUUUUAGAACAAUUACUAUAUAAAUAAUUUUCAAAGAAACUUCCAUUUGGACACAUACAGCACUAGAUGCCUUACCAUCCAGAAGAGUGAGAAGUGAGAAACCUGUUUCUUUUGUCUCCUGAAAUGUUCUUACAUACACUAGCUGACCUACCCAGGAGACAAAUAAACAUUUCUUCAUUUGAACAGAGAAUAGAGUCAGGCUGUAAUCUGUGUAAUUGCAUUAGCUGAGAAAAUGAGUCAGACUUUUAGCACUUGAGAGGUUUGUGCUGUGGCAGAACGUGAUCUCUCCCCUGGGGCUAAUUGAAGAUGCUCUGUGGGAGUAAUCAUUUUCAGCUGUGCAAAGCCGAGGACCGCUUCUCUUAGAGAAGAAAGAAGAGAAUUAAGGGACCUGACAGUUAGAACACUUCACAAUGCAGUUGAACACUCCUAAGUGUGGCUGCCCCAGACAUUUGAAUAGAACAUUAUGGUCAUGAUGAGAAUGCUAUUGUAAAUUAACAGCCCACUGUUAACAUUUAAAGCUGAGUGCUGAUAAUGAGUCUAGAAUGGAGGCUGUACUCUUAGUAAUAGUCCUCAGUGGGAUGAGAGGAGGUGAAAUGGUUCCUCUUAUUGCAGUGAAUUAAGUUCUAAGUGAUUUAAUUCAACAAAUGGGCCUGCUUAAAUAUUUGAUCUUAGACUGAAAGUGUUGUUGCUUGCGUCAUCAAAUCUUCUACUUCAUUCAUAGCAUCCAACAACCUAUUGGAUGAAAAUGAUCUGUAAUAUUGAUGAUUUAUUGGGUUUGUCUGUAAGACCAAACUCAGUGGAGAGUGAAGGAGAGGUCUGUGUAUGAAGGCUUGUCAGUAGUGUUAUGUGUUGCAGGUUUGACUUGGAGCAGAGCCAGUCCCAGGACGAAGUGCUGAGCGAGAGGACACAGAGAGAGAAGCUGGGCCGGGAGAGAGACAUGAUGACCGGGGAGCUGUUCAGUCUGCGCCAGCAGCUGCAGGUACAACCUGGACACAGAUGAUAGAUCACAAUGUAAUCGUUCCCCCUGGGGAGUCCAUGUCCUCUGUAUGUCUGGCCUAGUCCAGGAGUCCUCUGAGUGUCCAUGUCUCUGUGCUGCCCCCUGCCUGCCUGCCUUCAGGACAAGGACAUGGACCUGUGUGCCGUCCAGCUGAAGGUGGAGCAUCUGGAGGUGGAGCUACAGGACCUGUCCUCCCAGGAGUCCAAGGACGAUGCGUCGCUGUCCAAGACCAAGAAGACGCUCCGCGACCUGGAGGCCAAGGUCAACGACCAGGAGGAGGAGCUGGACGAACAGGCUGGGACCAUCCAGAUGCUGGAGCAGGUGAAGAAAGGAAGAAUACAGAGCCCAUAUAGAAGUUUUCGGUCUAGAACUGUCUAUUUGUUUGUGUGUGUGUCCUUCAGGCCAAGCUGCGUCUGGAGAUGGAGAUGGUGAGUCUGAGGCAGACCCACUCCAAAGACAUCGAUGGCAAGGAUGAGGAGGUGGAGGAGAUCAGGCAGUCCUGCAGUAAGAAGGUAGGACGGAUGCACAUAAUAUGUGACUGAUGUAUUUUCCACAGCAGGCCUAUUUGUGAUUUUAUCACCUAUGCAUAACCUCACCACUUUAGAGUAACAACAUGCCAACCCAUGUCACGUAUACAGCAAACAGCUCUGACCGGCACGUCAACAAACACACACAUUAAAUGUGUAGGCAAUCAUGUGUCAAAUUACACUACACUCUGAAUUCAGUCAUGGCAUGACAACCAGAUCUGGUAAUGGCUGUCGACUUGACAGGUUGUUUGGAACGUUUUGAGGACAUACUUCUAGAAUUACACAUUUGCAGGGAACUUCUUACACACAGUAAUUUCACAUUGACAGUCAGACAUAUAGUGCCACAUGUAAUAUGACAUUGAUCUGGCCCUCUAACCUUAGACCUAUGAGGACAACAUGUGGUGUGAUAGAUGUUGGUGGGUGACACUGCAGUGAUGGUCAUCUGUCAGCCUGUCCCAAUGACUGUGUAGUUCCUGUCCUGAGUCUACUGACCUCCCUCCUGUCUUGUCUUGUCGGUCUGUCCAUCCUACAGCUGAAGCAGAUGGAGGUACAGCUGGAGGAGGAGUAUGAUGACAAGCAAAAAGUCCUGCGUGAGAGGAGAGCGCUGGAGGCCAAGCUACUGUCUGCCCAGGACCAGGUACACCAUCACACUGUCACUGACCACUGUGUGUGUGCGUCACACAUGGGUUCAAAUGUUGUACAAAUGUUGUCACAUGGGUUGGAUAUAAUAUUUCCCCCAUCGUUUCCUAUGACCGAAAAGAGCUUCUGGACAUCAGAACAGCAAUCACUAACCUCGAUUUGAAUGAAUAAUUCUACUUCAAUGACUCGGCCGCACUGGACAUAUUGCUCACCCAGGACCAGGUCCUAAUCCCCGACACACUGCUCACCCAGGACCAGGUCCUAAUCCCCGACACUCUGAAGAGGAAAAGACAGAGAUAUAGAGGCUGACUUGGGGGCAGCCUGACGAAACUAUGGAGGAGAGUAAAUAAACCCCCUCUACCCUCUGUUCUAUUGCCGAAUGUACAAUGACUGGAGAACAAACUGGACGAGCUCCGUUCCAGACUAUCCUAUCAACGGGACCUGAAGAACUGUAAUAUCCUGUCUUUCACGGAGUCGUGGCUGAACGAGGACACGGUUAAUAUAAAUCUAGCUGUUUUUUCUAUGCAUCGGCAGGACGGAACAGCAGCGUCUCGUAAACUUAAGGGCAGGUGUGUGUUUCUUUGUUAACAACAGCUGGUGCACAACCUCUAAUAUUAAGGAAGUCUCAAGGUUCUGCUCGCGUGAGUUAGAAUACCUCAUGAUAAGCUGUACCAAGAGAGUUUUCAUCUAUAAUUUUCUUCCCUGUCUACUUACCACCACAAACAGAUGCUGGCACUAAGGCUUUAAUGCAGGGAGACUUAAUGCAGGGAAGCUGACAUUCGUUUUACCUCAUUUCUACCAGCUUGUCACCUGUGCAACUACAGGGAACUCUAGAUCACCUUUACUCCACACACAGAAACGCAUACAAAACGCUCCCUCACCCUCCAUUUGGGAAAUCUGACUAGAAUGCUAUCCUCCUGAUUUCCUACUUACAAGCAAAAACUUCAACAGGAAGUACCAGUGACUCGCUCAAUUCGGAAGUCGUCCGAUGAAGCGGAUGCUAAGCUACAGGACUGUAUUUCUAGCACAGACUGGAAUAUGUUCUGGGCUUCAUCCGAUAUUGUUGAGGAGUUUACUAUAUCAGUCACCGGCUUCAUUAAUAAGUGCAUUGAAGAUGUCGUCCCCACAGUGACCGUAUGUACAUAUCCCAACCAGAAGCCAUGGAUUACAGGCAACAUCCGCACUGAGCUAAAAGCUAGAGCUGUUGCUUUCAAGGAGUGGGACACUAACCUGGGCGCUUAUAAGAAAUCCCGCUACACCCUCCGACGAAUCAUCAAACAGCCAAAGCGUCAAUACAGGACUAAUGUCAAAUCCUACUACACCGGAUCUGAUGCUCGUCGGAUGUGACAGGGUUGCAAACUAUCACGGAUUACAAAGGGAAACCCAGCCAUGAGUGCCCAGUGAUACGAGUCUACCAGACAAAUUUAAAUGCCUUCUAUGCUCCCUUCGAGGCAAGCAACACUGAACUAUGCGAGAGAUGCUGUUCCGGAUGACUGUGUGAUCAUGCUAAGGGUGGGAAAUUAACCUUUUGGUCCACCAGCCACUGUGGCAGGUAGAUUUAAAGAAAUCUACCAGCCACUCAAAUUUGUUUUACCAACCGUCAUUUGUUUUGCCCCAUAAUUACACCAAAAACAUACAAAAUAAACGGAUGAGCAUGCUUUGUUUUUCUAAAACAAGAAAUGUAUUACUAGUAAUAAGUAAAGGGGUGUGUUGCUUCUACAACUGAACAUCAAGAAUCAACAAAAUGCCUACCCAUCCACAAAAGGCUGAGUGAUGUGGCUUAUUUAUUAUUAUAGUUCAGGGCUCUACGCUGACAUUUUUUACAAGGAGUACAUGAUGUGCUUCUAAGUAGAAAUGUAGAAGCACACAAAUAUAUCUAGGAGAACAAAUUAAAGUAUUUGUGUGUUUUAAUUAUAAGAAAUUACAACGUUUUUAGGAAUGAUCCAUGCUCAAUCAAGCACAAUCAUUAGGUGAGACAAAAAUGUUCAGCUGCCCCUUUACCAUGGUAACUUGGGCACUUGCUGGUCUGUGAUUAAAAAAAUAUCUGACUGGAACGUCUUCCUAGCAGCAGACAGUUGCAGCGAACUCAAACUAACAUUGAAAAACAACCAACUGGCCAAAAAACAUGAGGACAAAGUCACACUUUAGUAGCCUUUCUUGUCAAUUCGACCAACUUCUACAUGUGGCCUUUGGAUAAAAAAAAGGAAUGUUCCCAAAUGCUCUAUGUGACCACCUGCCAACGUGGCUGGUGAAAUAGACAUUCUUACCCGCCAAUGACAAAAUUGACCCACAUUUGGCGGGUGUUAAUGUUUAACCCUUAUCAUUCUCCGUAGCCGAUGUAAGACCUUCAAACAGGGCCAGAUAGAUUACCAGGGCGUGUACUCAGAGCAUGCGCUGACCAGCUGGCAAGUGUCUUUACUGACAUGUUCAACCUCUUCCUGACCCAGUCUGUAAUACCAAAACAUUUCAAGAAGACCACCAUAGUCCCUGUGCCCAAGAAUGCGAAAGUGUAACCUGUCUAAAUGACUAUCGCCCCGUAGCACUCACAUCUGUAGCCAUGAAAUACUUUGAAAGGCUGGUCAUGGUUCACAUCAACACCAUUAUCCCAGAUACCCUGGAGCCACUUCAAUUCGCAUACUGCCCCAACAGAUCCACAGAUGACACAAUCGCUAUUGCACUCCACACUGCCCUUCCCACUUGGACAAAAGGAGCACCUACGUGAGAAUGCUGUUCAUUGACUACAGCUCAGCAUUCAACACAAUAAUGCCUUCAAAGCUCAUCACUAAGCUAAGGUCCCUGGGACUGAACACUUCCCUCUGCAACUAGAUCUUGGACACUUCCUGACAGGCAGCCCCAAGGUGGUGAGGGUAGGCAACAACUCAUCCGCCACACUGACCCUCAACACGGGGGCCCUUCAAGGGUGUGCGCUUAGUCCCCUCCGUACGACUCCAACUCCAUCAUUAAGUUUGCGGAGGACACAACGGUGGUAGGUCUGAUCACUGAAGACGACGAGACAGCCUAUAGGGAGGAGGUCAGAGACCUGGCAGUGUGGUGCCAGGACAACAACCUCUCCCUCAAUGUCAGUAAGACAAAGGAGCUGAUCGUGGACUACAGGAAAUGGAGGGCCGACCACGCCCCCAUUCACAUCGACUGGGCUGUAGUGGAGCAGGUCGAAAGCUUCAAGUUCCUCUGUAUCCACAUCACUAAGGAUCUAUCAUGGUCCAAACACACCAACACAGUCGUGAAGAAGGCACAACAAUGCCUCUUCCCCCUCCGGAGGCUGAAAAGAUUUGGCAUGGGCCCUCAGAUCCUGAAAAAGUUCUAAAGCUGCAACAUCGAGAGCAUCUUGACUGGUUGCAUCACCACUUUUAUGGCAACUGCUUGGAAUCCGACCGCAAGGCGCUACAGAGGGUAGUGUGUACGACCCAGUACAUCACUGAGGCCGAGCUCCCUGCCAUCCAGGACCUCUAUACCAGGCGGUGUAAGAGGAAGGCCCAGACUGUGCUCUCUGCUACUGCAUGGCAAGCGGUACCAAUGCAUCAAGUCUGGAACCAACAGGACUCUGAACAGCUUCUACCCCCAAGCCAUAAGACUUCUAAACAAGACUGCUAUUUAGCUAAUCAAAUGGUUACCCGGACUACCUUCAUUUUCCCUUUUUUGCACCAACUCUCUUGCACUGAUUCUAUGCACACACACACUGGACUCUACCCACACACUCACACAUACUUACACUGACACCCCAACACACACACACACACUUUCACAUAUGCUGCUGCUACUGUCUAUCUAUCCCGUUGCCUAGUCACUUCACCCCUACCUAUAUGUACAAUACAUAGCUAUCUCAAUUACCUCGUACACCUGGACAUCGUCUCGAUACUGGUACUCCCUGUAUAUAAACAUGUUAUUUUCUAGCCAUGGUAUUUUUAUUCGUUAUUCACAGUGUAUUUAUUCCUUGUGUCACUUUCAAUUUUAUAUAUAUUUUUUAUCUUAACUCUGCAUUGUUGGAAAUGGACCCGUAAGUAAGCAUUUCACUGUUAGUCUACACCUGUUGUUUACGAUGCAUGUGACCAAUAAAUACCUUUGAAUUUGAUUAUUUGUUAUUUAAAUACUUGUUUUAUGUGUAUUUGAGUUUUCAAAUAAUGUGGCCCGAAUCAGCUACUUCUAUUGGAAGUAUUUGAAAGUAUUUUCAAAUAAUUUCCUAUAAAUAGCACACGAUUUGAAAAUAUUUUCAAAUCCUUAUUUCCAAAUAGAUUAUUUGAAAUACCAAAGAGACCUGGGUUCAAAUGCAUGGGAAUAUUUUAAUAUUUGUAUUUGAAAAUAGUUUGUUUUUGAUUAUUUCUAAAUGUCUUUGAAAGUAAUUGAAAGGUCCUAUUUCAAUUUGAACCAAGGUCAAUUUGAACCGAGGUCUGGUGUGUGUUGCGUGUGAAGUGCAUUUUUUCGUGUGUGUGGGCGAGCCGUGAAUAUGUGUGCCCACCACUUUAACCUUGAUGUUGUCUGGGAAUACUGAUUAUUAUGUCCCACAAGUUCAUCACAACAAGAUCUACCUCUGUGUCUUGUAAUGGGCUCUGAUAGUUUGCUGUGAGGUGGGAGCUCAUGGUGAACCCAGUAGUUACUGUUUAGGGGUUCUACUCUAGGUGGGCUGCAGGGACGUGGAGACAGAGAAGAGGCUGAGGAAGGACCUGAAACACACCAAAGUGCUGCUGGCUGACGCCCAGAUCAUGCUGGACCACCUGAAGAACAACGCCCCCAGCAAGAGAGAGACCGCCCAGCUCAAAAACCAGGUACACCACCAUACAUUACGCUAAAUGGCCCAUCUUAUUAUCAUCAUGUCAAUCUGGUACUUUAGUGACAUUCUGACAGCUCUACCACUACAAAUGAUCCUGUCAAAAUGAAUUGCGCUUGCUCUCCUGAUCAAGGACAGGGUGUUGAGUUUUCUGAUUUCGGAAGAUCCUGAUUUAGCUUUUCGCCCUGACCCUCACCUUGUAAUCCUCUCUCCCCCUCUCUUCUCCCUCCUGCUAUAUCUCCCUUCACAGCUGGAGGAGUCCGAGUUCACAUGUGCGGCGGCGGUGAAGUCUCGUAAGGGCAUGGAGAUGGAGAUCGAGGACCUGCACAUCCAGAUGGAGGAUGUGGUCAAAGUCAAGAUGUCGGUGAGUGAGAUCCUUCCGUUGCCAAGAUCGUUUUGAGAGGAGUCCCUACCAUUAUAGCUGCCUAAUGCCUACUGUGAACUGCACACAGAGUACGGAGGACGUGCACAUCAGUGUGCUGCAUUUCCAUUUCCUUUUAAAGGAAAAUACCCCUCAAAAACUAUAUUUUGGUGUUUAUUUCAUUAGUCCACUGUUGUAUACACCACGAGUCUCCCUCCUACAGCCCUCUGUGUGUCUCAGCCAGGUGUUCAUUGUGUAGAGACAAAGAGUGGAGGUUCAAACCUGUAAUCUCUGCAACACUACACACCAAAUGACCUUGUGUAAUUACAGCGUUUUAUCACGUUUUAGAUGGCACAACAAAAACAAACCACAGUGUUAUUAGAAACAGCAGGCGAGCCUGUUGCAUCUUUUACUCCCCCUUUCACACACGGCAGACUAUUUUAAUAUUGUGUAAAAACACUGCCAUGAAAAUGUACACAUCUUUCCCCACCAUCAUGGAACAUUGAAAUGAUAAGUAUUUUUUUCUGGAAAUGUUGCAUUUCUCGGUUAUGUGCUAAUGGAUUAAUUAACUGUUUAUAUUUUUUGUCCUCAUUAAUCCGUUCCAUAAUCGUCUCCCCAGGAGAGUGCUCUCUGUGAUUUAGAGAAAAUUAUGGGAGGAGAGUGACACUUGUGGUCCUCUGGGGAGGGCAGAAAGUCAUGACGGCCCUGUAGUCUGAACUGCUAAUUGGUGCGUUUAUGGCUAUGAAAGGUCUUCUAAAUGUCUCUAGUUUGGGAAGGCAUACUGAGAGGCUGGGUGUGUAGUGGGCAGUACUAUUGUAUAUGUGAAUAUACAGUAAAUUAUAUAUACAUCACACUUGACUUAAAAUGUUUAUCUGACGCCAUAAAGAUAAUUAAAAUAUACAAGCAAGCAUUAGGCAUAAUGGAGUAAUUCAGAGUUCACCCUGUACAGAUACAAAUUACCACAAAGAUCAUACAUCCAUAUAGAUAGCAUCAGAGUCUCCUCAGUGAACAAGUUUCAGAUAGCUACCAUACAUUCUAUCACAGUAGUCAGUCCUCUGUAUACUGUAACAGAGAUACAUUUUGGCCCCCUCAGAGGGGAAAGGGCUGACUAGUCCUUGGGCAUUGUCCUUUGUUUUCCAGGUGACAGAGAGCACAUAAAUUAGGGCCGAGCCUACAGGUGUCUUUCCCUUCAGAGAAGAUCGGAUGAUCUGCCUUAGGACACUAGUGCCAAUACAUGGUGCUUUGGCCACACAGGUCUGUCUGAAGGCCUAAAUGACCCAAUCAGGUUUUAUAGUAAAUCACACUAAUCCACCACCAGGGCCAGGCCACGGGUUGAUAUCCAUUUAGAUGGCCAUUCAACACUGCUUGGGUCUGGGACUGGCCAGCUGAUGGCCAUUCAACACUGCUUGGAUCUGGGACUGGCCAGCUGAGGGCCAUUCAACACUGCUUGGAUCUGGGACUGGCCAGCUGAGGGCCAUUCAACACUGCUUGGAUCUGGGACUGGCCAGCUGAGGGCCAUUCAACACUGCUUGGGACUGGCCAGCUGAUGGCCAUUCAACACUGCUUGGGUCUGGGACUGGCCAGCUGAUGGCCAUUCAACACUGCUUGGGACUGGCCAGCUGAUGGCCAUUCAACACUGCUUGGGACUGGCCAGCUGAUGGCCAUUCAACACUGCUUGGGUCUGGGACUGGCCAGCUGAUGGCCAUUCAACACUGCUUGGGUCUGGGACUGGCCAGCUGAUGGCCAUUCAACACUGCUUGGGACUGGCCAGCUGAUGGCGAUUCAACACUGCUUGGGUCUGGGACUGGCCAGCUGAUGGCCAUUCAAUACUUAUUGGGUCUGGGACUGACCAGCUGAUGGCCAUUGAUUACUUUCACUGGCUCUGGUUGAAAAACAGCUUGAUAUUAGGUGAUAAAGUUUGCCUUUCUGUCUCUUGCUCUCUCUCUCUCUCGCUCUCUCUUUCUCCCCCCUCUCUCUCAGCUUGAGGAGCAGGUGUCACGUCUGCAGAGGGAGAAGAACGACCUGCAGUCUCGUAUGGAGGAGGACCAGGAGGACAUGAACGAGCUGAUGAAGAAACACAAGGCUGCCGCCUCCCAGGUAACCCUGCCCCCAACACCCACACACCCUCUUUUCUAUAGACCUGCACUGUAACUAUGGCACAUACAUCCCUCUCAGCUACUGUAUUGGGACGUUAGAGAUAAAUGCCACUAAAUAGCAUUCAGAGAGAUUAAAUCUGUUCCACAAGAGAUUAUAUUAAUUAUAAUAAGAUUGCGACAAUAUAUAUUAUUUGGAAUACUUUACUAUUGGAUAUUAACCCACCUCCUAAGAAGAAAUACCUACGUUCAAUGUUACCAUUCCACAUAAGAAACUACUGUAACUGUCUCUUGUGCGUUUGUGAUGUCAGUCUGCCAGAGACCUGGCCCAGAUCAGUGACCUGCAGGCCCAGCUGGAGGAAGCCAUGAAAGAGAAGCAGGAGAUCCAGGACAAGGUACACAUUACAACACAAACUGCCAUGGCUGCCCGCCAGGGGAACCCCGAUCCCACUGAAUGUCCCCCACCUAUCCCCCUCCACCCAUCCCUGUCACACCUAUCUACAAAUAAAAUCAAAUGUUAUUCGUCACAUACACAGUUCACAGCAGGUAUAAACAGUGCAGUGAAAUGCUUACUUUCAGGCUCCCUCAACAGUGCAGUAGAAUGUCAAUCAAUCAAAUCUAAAAUAACAAGUAGAAGUAAGUAGUAAGAAAAAGAAUAAAGCUGAUAUGUACACAAUAAUAGGAUAUUCAGUAUAAAUUAUGAAUGUGUAACAUCGAGUAUGACUGUGUUUACAAAUAUAAAGUGGAUAGUGUCUUUGUCUGCAGUUUAAUAAAUGGAACAGCAGCGUUGACUGUGUGUGUGUAUGCUUGUGUGUACGGGUUGGAUGUGUGGAUAGUCAAUGCAAAUAGUCUAAGAUGCAGGUCUGAGCAGGUACACAGCUAGGGUUAGCUGUUCACCAGUCUGAUGGCCUGGUGGUAGAAGCGGUCUCGGAGCCUGUUGGUCUGAGACCCGAUGCGCCGAUACUGUUUGCCAGAUGUUAAGAGGGUCAUCAGACUGGCUCGGGUGACUGGAGUCCUGCACAUUCGUCAGCCGCUCAGAGGACAACAUGCCCUCAGCACAGUCAUACAUGUUGUCCUACACUAUUACCUUGACCUUUACCUGGAGAGGCUCAGAGCUCUGUCUGUGUGCUUAGUGCCUGAUCUUACCGCUAACACUGCUGGCUGUAAGGGGGUUUUAAGAGCUGCCACCAAAGGCAGCAAUAGAUAGCCAUCUAAAUCCUGUAGCCCUGUAGUGAUUAACAGAUCCACUAUGAUAGGAACACUGUGUUCUUUAAUCACAUGAAAGGCCAGCUCCAAAUCCUCCUAUCAGAUGCAAAGCUCCUCAUUAGUAGCCCUGGUGCAUUUUGGGUACUUUUAUUUAGUGUAUCUCUUUCAUCCUCUUAUCAGUUAUGAGAAAAGUCUUAAGAUGGAACAAGUUUGCAAAGCAUUGAUCUUCUUCCCCUCCACAAAGCUGUGUAGUGGAAUCUGUGAUCGUUAUUCAGGCCUGGUUCUCCACCUCUCCUUCUGGCCAUUACAGGCUACUGGGGUUAUGUUAUCCUUGGCGUAUUGGAUAUUAACAUUAGAUACGCAUAGCAUGUAGGGCAACAAUAAUGCUGGCUAGAUUCCCAUAAAUUCAGCUGGGAGAGAUGCUAUUCACAAUGCAGAUGAAGGGAAGAGGAGAAUGUAUUUAUUUUUGCCAUAAACACUCAUCUGUUGUAAAAGUAUGGCGGCCUAGUAUUGAUUAGAGAAGAGAGAGGUCUGUUGUGUAUGGCAGAGUGGGGGUGUUCAGAGCGGUGUAAAUAGUACUCUUCUGUGUGUGUGUGUGUGUGUGUGUAUUGCCCCCCUCCAGAUGCAAUCCCUGCAUAGCCAGCUGGAGUUCCAGGAGCAGUCAAUGGUGGAGAAGUCCCUGGUAAGCAGGCAGGAGGCCAAGAUCCGCGAGCUGGAGACCAAGUUAGAGUACGAGAGGACCCAGAUCAAACGCCUGGAGGUGAGACGAGGGAGGUAGAGAGGGAAUGGGAGAGAGAGAGGAAGGUAAAGGGAGGUAGCGAGGGGGUGGGAAAAGGAGGGAGGGAGAGUUUUGUGUGUGUGUGUGUGUGAGCAAGUGAGAGAGAGGGGCUUGUAUGUGGGAGGUAGAGGAAAAGCUGUGAGGCCACAUUUGGGUCAUUGACCAAAUUUUACGACAGCCAUACUAUCUUUCUCUGGCCAGCUGUGAUUUCUUCACACCUGGGCUCAAUUGAAAUUCUCAGUGGCCUCAAUUUAACCCUUCUCCAACUACAUUAACCACAAACUUCAAAGUGAAAUGUGUUCCGGCACCUAUGCAGGACGUCUCAGCUGUGUGUUCAAUGAGGUUCUAGAAAGUUCUGACCCGGUUCCGUCUCCUCGUCCCCAGAGCCUGACGGGCCGUCUUAAGGAGAACCUGGAGAAGAUGACAGAGGAGAGAGACCACCGCGGGAACGGCGAGAACAGGGAGAAGGAGCAGAACAAACGCAUGCAGAGACAGAUGAGGGACAUCAAAGAGGAGAUGGCUGAGCUGUCCAAGAAGGAGGCUGAGGCCAGCCGCAAGAAGCACGAGCUGGUAAGGAAGAGCGUGCAGUCCACAUUUGUGGGGUGGGGCAAGCGUUUUGGGGUGACGGUCACUAGUUCUGUGUCAUCCUGACCCAAUAGGACAUGGACAUAGAGAGUCUGGAAGCAGCCAAUCAGAGCCUGCAGGCGGACCUCAAACUGGCCUUCAAGAGGAUCGGAGACCUGCAAGCUGCCAUCGAGGACGAGAUGGUCAACAGCGACGGAGAAGAUGACCUCAUAAAC